GAACCUCUCCAAUACAACAUGCAGCGCCAGAGACAGUUGAAAUUACUCGUGAAUUUCGACCAUUAUACUUAGAUGCCCAGGCUACUACUCCCCUUGAUCCCCGUGUACUUGAUGCAAUGCUUCCUUACCUUACAUACCAAUACGGAAAUCCACACUCACGAACACAUGCAUAUGGUUGGGAAAGUGAAAAGGCCAUGGAGACAGCCAGACAGCAAGUAGCAGACUUAAUUGGAGCUGACAAGAAGGAAAUUAUAUUCACUUCAGGAGCUACUGAGAGCAACAAUAUAAGCGUCAAAGGUGUGGCUCGUUUUUACAGGUCCAAGAAAAGUCAUGUCAUCACCACCCAGACUGAACACAAAUGUGUACUAGACUCCUGUCGUGCAUUGGAAAAUGAGGGUUGGGAUGUUACUUAUUUACCUGUUCAGCCAUCUGGUUUGAUAUCGUUAGACGAUUUGGAAGCAGCCAUGCGUCCUGACACUGCUAUUGUAUCGGUGAUGACAGUGAAUAAUGAAAUUGGAAUUAUUCAGCCCAUAAAAGAAAUUGGUGAAUUGUGUCGGGCUAAAAAGAUAUUCUUUCACACUGAUGCUGCUCAGGCAGUGGGAAAAAUUCCAAUAAAUGUCCGUGAUAUGAAUGUUGAUCUCAUGUCUAUAAGUGGUCACAAGUUAUAUGGACCAAAGGGAAUUGGAUGUCUUUACGUUCGUAGACGUCCAAGAGUGCGAGUUGAAGCUCUGAUGAGUGGAGGAGGCCAAGAACGUGGAAUGAGGUCUGGUACCGUCCCUACUCCUCUAGUUGUUGGGUUGGGUGCUGCAUGUCAGAUUGCAAAAGAAGAAAUGACAUAUGACCAUAAGCAUGUAUCAAGGCUUUCUGACAUGCUUGUUGAUUCAAUUCAGUCAAGAAUACCACAAGUCAUAAGGAAUGGUGACCCUAAAAGGUCAUAUCCUGGCUGUGUCAACCUGUCAUUUGCAUUUGUUGAAGGUGAGAGCUUGUUGAUGGCUUUGAAGGACAUUGCUCUAUCAUCUGGGUCAGCAUGCACCAGUGCAUCUUUAGAACCUUCUUAUGUGUUGCGAGCUAUAGGUGCUGAAGAGGACUUGGCCCAUUCAUCUAUCCGCUUUGGUAUUGGAAGGUUUACAACAGAAGCUGAGGUCAAAUAUACAGCAGACAAAUGCGUGGAACAUGUUAAUCGGCUGAGGGAGAUGAGCCCCCUUUGGGAGAUGGUUCAAGAAGGUAUUGAUUUAAAGAGCAUCCAGUGGUCACAACAUUAAAGGACAUCCCUCUGCAUGUACAGUACUGUAAUGGGUUUCAGGUUGUCACCAUGUACAGCUCAAACAAGUGGAAAACUGGACAGUGAAAAAAAAAGUUUCUCUUCACAGUGUUAAAGAAAUGCUGCAGUCUGCUUCAGAAGUAUGAUUUAUGGUACUUGAAAAAAUGAUUAAGUCAAUUAUUUUUCAUAUAAUACAUAGUAUAUAUCUGCACAAGUAUUGUUCAGUCUGGUGAUGAUCAGAAUAGCUUAAGUUUUUUCAAAGUUCAGUGGACAUACUAGUUUUACUGAAGGUUUUAUGAAGUAAUAUUUGAUUGGAACUUGUACUAUGGUGGCACAAAAGCUCAAUAUUUAUUUCUUCUAUAUGUAUAUUUUAAUGUAUAGGAUGUAUAAUAAUGUUUAUAAGACUGUUGCUGACUGAUAUAUCUUUGUAGAUAACAUGUUCUGUGUUGCUUAAUAAGAAAGUAGUGAUAUUUAUUUUUCAAUGGCAAGGGUGUUUAUUUUUUCAUUAAUUCCAUGCUUAAUGUAAGGCAGACAGAUUCACCAUUGCAGGAAAUAAAUAUGUAUUAGUUUAAAUAAUUCAAUGCUUAUUGUAGGCAGAUGGCAUCACCCCUGAAGGAAAUAAAAAUUUAUGUGCAUAUGUAUAGAGGGGCAAAAUUUAAUUAAAGGAUUAUUUUGAUGUGACAUAAGGAGUAAAUCAUGUUUCUUUAUCAA